AUGGAAGUGAGAUGGGGCUGUUUUGCUGGGGUUUUUUUGGUGGGAUUGAUAUUGGGAUUUGCAGAGAUUUCUAGCGGAGGAAUAACAAGCAGUUAUGUAAGAAAUGCCAACUUAUCUCUUGAUAUGCCAUUAGACAGUGAUGUGUUUAGAGUUCCUCCUGGAUAUAACGCUCCUCAACAGGUUCAUAUAACACAAGGAGACCACGAGGGAAAGGGUGUGAUUGUGUCCUGGGUUACACCAGACGAGCCUGGUUCGAAGACAGUGCUUUACUGGGCUGAAAAUAGUGAGUUCAAGAAUAGUGCAGAUGGCUUUAUUUUGAAGUAUAAAUACUUCAAUUACACUUCUGGUUAUAUUCACCACUGCACCAUUAAGGAUUUGGAGUUUGAUACCAAAUAUUACUAUGAGGUUGGAAUUGGAAACACAACAAGACAAUUCUGGUUUAUUACUCCCCCUAGACCUGGCCCUGAUGUCCCAUACACUUUUGGUCUCAUAGGGGAUCUUGGUCAGACUCAUGAUUCAAACAGGACAGUUACCCACUACGAAUUAAAUCCAACAAAGGGACAGACAUUAUUGUUUGUUGGGGACCUCUCUUAUGCCGAUGAUUAUCCAUUUCAUGACAACACAAGGUGGGAUACUUGGGGAAGGUUCAUAGAAAGAAGUGCUGCUUAUCAACCUUGGAUUUGGACUGCAGGGAAUCAUGAACUUGACUUUGCUCCUCAAAUUGGUGAACGUAAACCAUUUAAGCCUUAUACUCACCGUUAUCAUGUCCCAUAUAGAGCAUCGGGAAGUACAUCUCCUUUGUGGCACUCCAUCAAGAGAGCUUCAGCAUACAUCAUUGCUUUGUCCUCUUACUCAGCUUAUGGAAAAUACACUCCUCAAUACAAAUGGCUAGAAAAGGAGCUGCCGAAAGUAAACAGGACUGAGACACCAUGGCUUAUUGUUCUUAUGCAUUCGCCAAUGUAUAACAGUUAUGUACAUCAUUACAUGGAAGGGGAAACCAUGAGAGUGAUGUAUGAGCCGUGGUUUGUGGAGUACAAAGUCGAUGUUGUCUUUGCUGGCCAUGUUCAUGCUUAUGAGCGAUCUGAACGUAUCUCAAAUAUUGCAUACAAUAUUGUGAACGGUUUGUGCACUCCCAUAAGAGAUCAAUCUGCCCCGGUUUACAUAACCAUCGGAGAUGGAGGGAACCUAGAAGGAUUAGUGACUGGCAUGACAGAGCCACAGCCCAGCUACUCAGCUUUUCGCGAACAUAGUUUUGGUCAUGGCAUUCUUGAUAUAAAGAACAAGACCCAUGCGCAUUUCGGUUGGCAUCGUAAUCAAGAUGGGUAUGCUGUAGAAGCUGAUUCUUUAUGGCUGCAUAACAGAUACUGGAACUCCUUCAAAGCUUCAUCAGUGGCUGCAUUAUGA